GCCUUCAAGGUCCCUCUUGUUAUACAGCUCACUGAUGACGAAAAGUUCAUGUGGAAAAAUCUUUCAGUGGAGGAGAGCCAGAGACUUGCCCGUGAGAAUGCCAAAGACAUUAUCUCUUGUGAUUUUGAUAUAUCAAAAACAUUUAUCUUCUCAGAUUUUGAUUAUGUUGGAGGUGCCUUCUACAAGAACAUGGUGAAGGUUGCAAGGUGUGUCACAUAUAAUAAGGUUUUGGGUAUAUUUGGAUUUACUGGUGAAGAUCAUAUUGGAAAAGUUAGCUUUCCACGUGUACAGGUAUAGCUUGCCUCAUUAUUUAUUGAUCAGUGGUGAAAUAUUUUUGUUACAGUGAUGCUUCCUUUCCUUCUUGUACUAUUAUAUUCCUACAUGGUUUUUUUGUCAUUUUCUAAGAGUUCAUAAUUUAUGCAUCUUUACUUCAAAAUGCAAGUGUUGUUCUUAUACAACUGAGGAAACAUGAUGUGCUAAGAGGAAACACCACAGUCAAAGCAUAAAGUGAAAUAAGAAGAACAAUUAAAAGCAGAUUUGAAGUUAUGGAAUUAAUCCUAGUGAAUAAUUCUGAAAAUAUGGUGACUUUAUAUAUUCCCUCUUUUCCAUUUUAGAUUUUACUUAUCACACUUUGUAAAAAAUGUUGACCCAAUUU